UGCCUCUCUCACAGGCGGGACGUAAUGCGCUUUCCCAAACGCCAGGCUCCGUGUUUACGCUGGAACGGAUAUCCCUGGCCCCGUCACUCAACCAAUGUUGCACUACCAGGCGAAUGUACACGUGUCACCUGCUGAACUUGAGAUGUGUUUUUGUACACGUGCUUUGCGGAACUAGAGACAAUGACGUGUGUCAACUUUGACAUCGACAUGAGAAUGGACGCUGGUCUAAAGGACACGUGACCAAGUACACAGCGAGACGACGCCGGACACAGGAUGCGGGGACAUAUGCAAUUGAUUCAAGGACUGAGCGUUGCGUUAUUGGUAGUGUCGGUGACGUCAAGUGACACGUGCGCUAGGUAUGACGUCAAUGGUUGCAGUACGCCGUUCAAACUUCCGUUCUUCUUCAAGACGACGUUCACGCCAGCCUGCAAUCGCCAUGACAUGUGCUACAGAUGCGGGUACAGAUACAAAGUAAGCAGGGAGAUGUGUGACCAAGUGUUUCAUGGACAAAUGUACCGAGCUUGUAGCGAGAAGAGUUGGUUCAAAAGAAAGAUGUGCAAUGGUUUCGCGAUAGCAUAUUAUACAGUCGUCAAGCGGUUUGGCUUCCGGCGGUAUCGCGAGCCAUCUAGCUGGUACUGCCACCAUGAGUGGGUUCCCAGCUGUCUGCCCGUGAUCAAUACUUAACACGUGGUUCCGAGCUGUUUGCCUGUGAUCAAUACUUAACACGUGGUCCCCAGCUGUCUGUAAUCAAUACUUAACACGUGGUUCCCAGCUGUCUGCCUGUGAUCAAUACUUAACACGUGGUUCCCAGCUGUCUGCCUGUGAUCAAUACUCAACACGUGGUUCCCAGCUGUCUGUAAUCAAUACUAAACACGUGGUUCCCAGCUGUCUGCCUGUGAUCAUAACAUAACACGUGGAUUCCUAGGCUUGGGUUCCCAGCUGUCUGCCUGUAAUCAAUAUUUAACACGUAGGUUCCUGUCUGCCUGUAAUCAA